AGAAUAAAAAGUCUUCCUAUAUCUUGUAAAUUUAUAGCCAUUGUUUUUACAAAAGAGGAAGACAUGGUUGAAUUGUUUCAAAGUGUUUGCGUGUUUGAUUCAAUACUAUGAUGGGACAAAGGUAAAACUACAGCUGACAAAAAACAACACAAAAGGAUCAUCUGACAAGAAAACAGCUGAUGAUCCUCAAGGCCAUUUGAGGGAAGAAACCAAGGAGGAACCAUUGUGACUUUGAGCAGAUUGGGUUGGAUUGUGCAAAAGGACAACAAUCCAAAUCACACUAGCAGGUUUACCUCCGAAAGGCAAAAUUUAUAUUUUGGAGUGGCCUAGUCAAAGUUCAGAACUUUAGCACCCUAAAUGUGACUGAAUGAGAAAAAAUCUACAAAGAAGCUUUGGCUGAAGUUCCCCCACAGCGAUGUAAAAGAGUCAUUUCCAGUCUUAAGUCUUAAAGACUUAAUGACAGCUGUCGCUGCCAAUGGUGGCACAACGUUAUGUUUCAGUGUUAAUUACUCCAUCAGUAAAUUCAAUUUGUCACUUGAAAACUACUUUUCAUUUGAUAUUAGGAUUUGUUUGAGGAUCUGAAAUAGCUCAGUAUGACAGAAAAGCAAAUCAAUUUUUCAACAGCCUGCAUAUUUACUGUAACAAGGCAAAGAUCAGGGGGAAAUAGGGUGACAGGAAAACCACCUGGCCUUGAAGCUUUAUCUCUGCGGCGCUCCAGCUCUGCUUUGACAAAGGUUUGUCGAUAGCAACAGAGACAAAGCAAAAAGAAAUGAGUGUAUACAGAGAGAGGAAAUGUCUCAUUGUAUCACACAGCGCUAGGCGUACCUUUGGGUUUAUAGCUGCGGAAACACACACAGCGUUCACACCGCCAGAGAGAGAGAGAGAGAACCAGGACCGGAAGGAAACGAGGACCGACACAGAAAGACGUAGAGACGGAGGGGAAAACGGCAGAUGAGGGUCAACGGGGCUUUCCAUUGUGUAGGAUCAGAAAAAGCAGGGAGGGAAAAGAAAUCUGCUGCCAAAGCCAGAACUUACAUGACAGAGAGAGGAGCGUGAGUGAGGAGAGAGUCAGAGAGACGCAGAGUUUCACCAGAGACAGUGGCUGGAAACCCAAAGCUUGAACUUCUACACACAAGAGGAAGACUGUGAUCUUAUGUGCUACUGAUGGCAACCAGUGAAGACAAGGGGAAGCAGAGCGGGAAAUGUGAUGAAUGUCCUGCAGGAAUGUUCGUAGAGAAAGAUUGUAACGACAGAGAAGGCACAAAGUGUAAACCGUGUUCUAACGGGACUUUCACAGAGACCCCAAACUACCGGAAGACAUGCUUUUCCUGUCGUUCCUGUGUUAAAAACAGUCGAACAAAGAGCAUCUGCACAGAUAAGACGGACACCGUUUGUGAGUGUAACCCAGGUUUCUUCUACCGUGAAAAAGCUGAUCACUGCGAGCCCUGGACUAAGUGCCCUGUGGGUGAAGGAGUCAAAAAUAAACCUACUUCUACAAAUGACACAGUCUGCGCACCGUGUGAAGAAGGAACCUUCAGCAACGUCACAGAUUCCUUCUCUCCUUGUCAACCGCAUUUCAGGUGUGAGGCCUUCAGACUACAGCUGAAAACUCCAGGAACCAAAACAACGGAUGCCAUCUGUCAAGACUGUGAAUCUCAGUGUUGCUGGAUCCUGCCUGCAUGCCUGUGGGCCGGACUUGUUUUGACUAUUUUGGUUGUGGCGGCGAUCAUCUUCUGGAGAGCAAAGCGCAGAUCCUAUAGACCAGUCAAACACAGUGUUCCUGUUACCAUGAUGACGGUCGUUGCCGAACCGGUCCUCGCUCCACCAGAGCUGCUGUCUCACUGCCAAGAGAGCUGCACAGACUGCAAACCAUCCCCUUUUAACUCAGAUGACGGUUCGAUCAUUCGCAGCAUAUCGGACAGCUUGGACAUCAGCACUUCCAUAACUCCGCUGAAGCCCUCCGUCUCUUUCAUUGAACCCGAGCAAACCAACGGCAGCUCAAUAUACCCCCUCAGCAGCGCCUUCUGCAGGUCGUACUCGGAGCCCCAGGAGGACGAGUGGUGUGGAACAUAAAAAAAUAAAAUAAAAUAAAAUAAAAUACAAGAGUGGGACAAUGACGGAGCCACAGCUGGCUCAGUGAUAUUUCAAGUACUGUUUGUAAACCUUGAGAAGAUUUUACUCUCAGUAGAGUUUAGUAUGGCUGAUAGUUUGCUGCCACCUGCAGGACUUUGGUGGGAACUUCAGUUUGUGCAAAGAAAAAUUCUCCCAAGUGAAAACAGCAGAUUCUGCUUCGAAGAGGGAUUAAGCUCCACAUAACAGGAAAAAACUGAUAAUUACAGUAGGAAAAAAAAAACACAGGCUGGAAUAGACUAUCUAGAUCUUUGCCAUGGACUUUAUUGUUUUUCAAACAUUCUCCUUCAUACAAUCCCAAACAGAUUGAACUGUAAUUACAUAUCAGCACUUGAUGAAAUGAGAAUCAGAAGUGUGGACAUGCAUGAGGCACUAAAUGAAGUUUGUUUUACUUUUCGUAUGAUUUGUUAUUGUAAUAAUAUGAUUUUGUUCAAAAUUCAGCCAAGACCCAAAGAGGCUGUGAAACAG